UUAGUGAUGAACAGCAAUGUGAAAGUGUUCCUUGACAACUUGCUUCUUGGUCAUGAUGUUUGUGCAGGAAUAAAAACCCCUGAUUAAGACAAAUUGAUACCAGGAGUGGGGUAUCAAGUUUUGGGGAGGACUGUGGAAGGACUUUGGAACUUUAAGCUAGAAGAGCUAUCGGGGGCUGGAGAGAUGGCUCAGUGGUUAAGAGCACUGACUGCCCUUCCAGGAUAUAAUAAAGACAAGUCAUUAAAAAAAAAAUAGAAAAAAAAGAGAGAAAAUUACAAAGCUGAGAUCUGUAGCUUUUCUUUUCAGUGACUCAUGUUUCUUCUCUGAUACUAUAUAACUUUUGAUAUUUCUGAAGUGUAGUUCUUGUAACAAAUUUUAUAAUUAGAGAAUCAAAUUAAUGUUCAGGUAUAUCAAAUUGAUUUGGGAAUGUAGUUCCUUUUCUACUCAUUUAUCAAGGGAAGUCAGAUUGGGAAUACACUGUCAAUGGGAAAAUAUGAUUUUAAUGUAACAGAAGCAGAGUCAUUGCCCCUCCUCUGUGUCUUACAUGAUUAGCUCUUGGAUUCAUUUCUCAUGGGUGUUUGAGUCCAUACCUUGGACACCCUUGCCUCCUGCCAAGAACUUUGUCUUCCUAUGGUUUUUCUUAGUGGGGUGGGGAAGGCUUUCACUAUUGUAUCUGAAUGCCUUUGGUUUCUUUGUCUCUCCUGAUCUUUCUUCACGUCCCCGUGUGUGUGUGUGUGUGUGUGUGUGUGUGUGUGUGUGUGUGUGUGUGUGUAGAAGCUAAAAGUUGAUCUCGAAUGUGGCUCAGGACCACCCACCUUGCCCUUUGAAACAGUCUCUCAUUAGUCUGGAGUUGUCCUGCUGACUGCCUGGGGUGGGGGUUAGGGAGAGCCCCAGGGGGGAAGCCCUGGGAGUUCAGCACACAGCCCCCAUCUGUGUGGGAUUACAAGUACAACAGUACAUCCCACUUUUCCCAUGGAUUCUGGGACCGAGCUCUUUACUGACUGGGCCCUUUUCAGCCCUGCCCUCUGUGUCUUCUGUGGCAUUGAGGACACAGUGAAGACACACUGAGAUCAAUUCAUAAUUUUUUUUUUCUUUUCUUUUUUUUCGGAGCUGGGGACCGAACCCAGGGCCUUGCACUUGCUAGGCAAGCGCUCUACCACUGAGCUAAAUCCCCAACCCCUCAAUUCAUUAUUUUUAAAACUAGUAAAUAAAAGGAAAAAUCAAUUCAUCCUUACAUUCUGGUAUGUAAUACACCUGGCUUAGGUCAUGAGGAAAAUAUUUAAAAACCCACCUUAGUAAAUAUAAAUUCACUGGGUUUAGACAAGGAUCACAGUAGCUACUAAGAUCACUACAGAGACAAGGUUGUCAGGACCUUCAGUCAGUGAGCGGCAGUAGUGGUUCUGAAACUCAGUAGCAGGUCUGGGCAAGAGGGAAGACCUGGAGUUCUUAAUUGAAGGACGUGUUAAGAUUUAACUUUUUUUGAUUUUGUAUUUUUAUUAAACCUUUGUCAUAUCUAAAAACAUCUUGGUCACAAAUGACAUUAAGACUUCCUUGCUCGAUUUUAUAUGUAUGAUAGUUUUAGAAUGAAAACAUCAAUAUCACUGCUGAUCUGAUCACUGGAGAUAGCUGGUGGUAUUUUCACUGCCUUUGUCCUUAGAAAACACCGUUAGGAUUUACUUGGUUUUAAGAUCACAUGAAGUACAUUUUCUUUAUUAAACUACCAUCUUUAUGUUAGGCAUUUUUACUUUCGGACAUUAAAAAAAUUAAUAUUCAUAUGGUUUCCUGUAACUAAUUUUUUUAAACCUUAUUUCUAAUUAUGUUUCUUAAACGCUUUAACCUCCCUUGUAGCUCACCACCCACUAGAGGUAGUAGAAAAGAAAGGAUACGGGGGAAGUAGACCUGUUUAGAAAGGCUCUUGGGAGCAGCUCCGUCUGUGUUGUCUGGAAACCGGCAGUUCCGUUCACAGUUCACAGGUCAGGCAGCUCCAUUCUCUCACAGACACUCACGGAUGCACCAGCAGUCUAGUUCCCUACAGUCGGGAUGGCAAAUGGGAAUCAGCAGCCAAGGCACUACCUAGCAGAGACAGCCAGGCCUCAGCCUCAGCUCAGAGUCAGCAGGAGGGACCAGGAGGGACGCCAGGGGAAGUUUUCAGCUGUUCCUUUCUCAGGGAAGCGAAGAUCAAUGAAGACUCGAGACCCAUAGGUGGUGCACAGCUAGCUGCACCAGCAAGCCAAGCCCUGUCUCCAUCACUCUGUGGAGUCCUGUUUAUACCGUAACUCAAAACAGCACAUGUCCUGCACACGUCUUACCUCAGCGCCUGCAUCCAAUCAGCCUGAGUCCACAGGAGAGGCAAGAAAGUGCAGCACAGCACCAGAAGAGUCUUGAUGUGUCUUGAUGGAGUCCUGACAAAUGCAGCUCAACUACGCAGUGUAAGGUGGACCAGUACAUGUGUGCUGUUAACAAAGACUCUUUCCUCACGUGUCCUUUCACGUGCUUGCUUUAGCAGAACAUCCUCUCUCCUGUGUCUGCUUCAGCGAAACAUUCCUUCACGAGUCUGCCUGAGCCUUUCACCUGUGUCCACUGUAAGGAAAUGUUCCUUCACGUGUUUGCCCCAGCAAAACACCAUCCAACCAAUUUCCAAAGAACCCUCAAGUAUCCAUUCAGUUUCCAGUUAAGGUUCCAGUAGAAAUACAGUGAGAGAGAAGUCUGGCCACGAUGCCAUCCGCUCUGCAUGGCUUUCCCUCCCACUGGAGAUAAUACUUUGGGUUGUGUUUUUAGAGUAACCCUCCAGUUCUGAGUACACAGCGUAUGUGUGUCCAUUGUGCAUACAGUUGAGUACAGUUCAUGGACACAUAGUCUGUGCUUUACUCCCCUGUCCUAGAUUUAGCAGUAACUCAUGCAGUGGUGAGCAAACCUGACAAGUCUCUGAUCCCAGUUCCCCACAGCGCCGUGGAAGCUGCCUCCUGUCCUCCUCAUGUGUGCUGUGGUAAACGUUUUUAAAAAGUAGCUUACUGGAUACAGCCCGUCUUCCUGUUUUAAAUUUGUCCAGCAUACCCUCAAGGUCAUUCACGGCAGUAUGUGGGUGCUAAGCAUCUUUUCCCGUACACGGGUAGCACAUAGUUCUGAGGCUGUCCUCACCUUAUAAAGUCAGACUUCUGCUCUUACAAACGAUGCAUUUAUCUGUUUUUUGUUUUUCUGGUUUGCCUGUUUAUCCGUGGACUGCAGCCCUAAGAGCAUGCUGGGCCAUACGCUGCACGAACCUGUUGUUAUUGCCUCACUUUCUUCCAGAAGAUCUAUCUCAUUUUGCAUUCCUAGAAAUUAAGGUGUUGUUACGUCUUGUAGUUUGGUGAGCCUGUAAGGUAUAUACACAAAGUUGAGUUAGACCUAUGUGGGACAGAAGGAAGGAUUGUAGUUAGGAUAAAGUGUCAGAUGAGUACAGGCUGCUGCCACUGCUCUUGGUUAACACCAGAACUAGGUUAUAAGAACCUAGCUGAAGGAAGACACCAUAUACUGGAUAUGGGACAGAGAAAGCAGGCUGGCUCUGAGCUAGAAGCUUCUUCCCGCUGGCUGGUGGUGCUCAUAGUGCCAGAAGGUGUAGUCUCCUGAGGGGAGAAAGUCAAAGGGCUGGACCAGCUGUAGAGCUGCAGGCUACAGUUCUGACCUACAAAGCGGGCACGCCCACUGGUGCACCAUCGGCAGGAAGCGGGCGCGCCCACUGGUGCACCAUCGGCAGGAAGGUUGUGGGAUUAACCAGUCUCCUCAUUGAUGCGAGCACUGCUGUGUGGGUGAGAAAAAUGAUUGAUACUGUAAACCACACCACAGACUGGGGGCAUCGGGUCCUAGCGGAGAUCAUACUCCUGCAUUUUGCUAAGUGGGACAUGCAGCCAGCUGCCUCCUAAACGUGUGUUAAUACCCAGAGGCCAGUGCAGCUCCCAGCUGGGCCAGAGCAAGAAUAGCGCAGAGACUGCUUAGGCUGUCCUAUGAUGAAGUCUUGCUAUGGCUAACGACCCCUUAGAAGGUUUCCAUGAAGUGAACCUCGCUUCGCCUACCUCUCCAGACCUUCUUGGUGUGUGUGACCCGGGAACCCAAGAGCAGACUACCUCCCCGAGCGUCAUCUACCGGCCACACCCUUCGACGUUGUGCUCUGCCACUAUCCAGGCCAAUGCCUUAAAUCUUUCUGACCUUCCCACACAGCCUGUGUAUUCAUCCCCGAGGCAUUUAAACUGUGCAGAAAUAUCUAACAUCAGCAUUCAUGUUCCAGAGCCAGCAUCAUCGGUAGCCUCUGAGGUGGCAGCAGGGCUCACGAGGUUCACCUCAAGGAAGGACAGCUGCAACGCAGAGAGGGAGUUUCUGCAGGGCGCCACCGUCACAGAGGCUUCUGCUGGCAACGAUGACAUCUUUGGGUUGAGCACGGACAGCCUGUCCCGUUUACGGAGCCCAUCUGUUCUGGAAGUUAGAGAGAAGGGCUACGAAAGGUUAAAAGAAGAACUUGCAAAAGCUCAGAGGGAAUUGAAGUUAAAAGAUGAAGAAUGUGAGAGACUUUCGAAAGUGCGAGAUCAACUUGGGCAGGAGUUGGAAGAACUCACAGCUAGUUUAUUUGAGGAAGCUCACAAGAUGGUGAGAGAGGCGAACGUCAAGCAGGCAACUGCAGAAAAGCAGCUGAAGGAAGCUCAAGGGAAAAUUGAUGUGCUUCAAGCCGAAGUGGCUGCGCUGAAGACACUCGUACUGUCCAGUUCUCCAACAUCGCCUACGCAGGAGCCUCUGGCGGCUGGAAAGACGCCCUUUAAAAGGGGGCACACACGGAACAAAAGUACAAGCAGUGCUAUGAGUGGCAGCCACCAGGACUUCAGUGCGAUCCAGCCAAUCGUAAAAGACUGCAGAGAGGCCGAUCUAUCGCUGUAUAAUGAGUUCAGGUCUUGGAAGGAUGAGCCCACAAUGGACAGAACAUGUCCCUUCCUAGACAAAAUCUAUCAGGAGGAUAUCUUUCCAUGCUUAACAUUCGCGAAAAGUGAGUUGGCUUCAGCUGUUCUGGAGGCCGUGGAGAACAACACUCUAAGCAUCGAGCCGGUAGGGUUGCAGCCCAUCCGCUUCGUGAAGGCUUCCGCGGUGGAGUGCGGAGGGCCAAAAAAGUGUGCUCUCACUGGCCAGAGUAAGCCCUGUAAGCACAGGAUUAAACUAGGGGACUCCAGCAGCUAUUACUACAUCUCUCCGGUUUGCAGAUACCGGAUCACUUCUGUAUGUAACUUUUUUACAUACAUUCGAUAUAUUCAGCAGGGACUUGUGAAACAGCAGGAUGUUGAUCAGAUGUUCUGGGAAGUUAUGCAACUAAGAAAGGAGAUGUCGUUGGCAAAGCUGGGAUAUUUCAAAGAAGAACUCUGAUGCCCUGAGUACGGGGCCGUGCGUGCUCCUCCCUGGACAGCUGAAGGAUGACAACGUUUUUAUGGUUACUCAAUAUUUAUUUCUAAGGAGAAGGCCAAAGACUUCCCUCCUCUGCACACCACACUAUGAAGUGCUGUGAUUUUUUUCAAACUGACUGAGCUGUACUUGCUUAUCCCUUAAUGGAACACACUCUGAAGAUUGCAGGCCUGCUAGUGAUGGUAAUUCAACACUGCAAAUCCAGACCACCAAAUAAACACCAGACUGAACAUGUGUGUCUUUCUUAGCUCUGACUCGGCAUAAAGUUGCAGAGGUUGAUAGUAGUCUUCACAUUGUACCCCUGUGAGAGCGAGGAAGGAGCCAGCUGGACAGGGCUUCAUGUCUGUGUGUAUGCUGGCAUUCAGACGAAAGGUUUUAUUUAUUUUUAUUCUGCCAGCUGUGAUGUAGGGAAUCCUUUUAUCAUAAUGAUUUGUUAAGUGUAAUAAAUGAAGACAGUGAACAUUCUUGGGCAUCCUGACGGAGGGCUUCACGUUAGCAUUGAGCAUUAUCGUGGAAUAGAAGGAGUGUUAAGUUUAAUAGACCAGGGCAUGGCCUAAAAGGAUACGGUCUGCCAGCUCUGAGCUUCUGGUGACUGCUUCAUUUCUAAGGUUGGACUAAUGCUGACACUCGGGAAGAAACGACCAACAUCAGAUGUACAAAUAAAAGAGGUUCGUAGUGGAGACAUAGUAUAGGAAAGCAAAGGAAAACAGCCCGCUUCCUUAACUCGAGUAAGAACACUCCGCUCACACUUUUGGAGAACACCUUGGACUGUGAAAUAUUUCCUACUUAUAGAUGCACAAUUCUGAUUGUUGUAUGUGUGUGAAUGUGUGUGUGUGUGCAUCUCACUUGGGCCUUGUGCACACAGAUCUGGAACUGGAGUUGCAGACAGCCGUGAGCUGCCGUCUCUCCAGCUUGUCCCUCUCGCUUUAAAAGUAAAUAAUUUUUCUACAUUGUAUGUGUCUAUGAGGGUGUACCUGUGUGUGUGUGGCAGUCAGAUGACGGCUUUUAGGAGUCUGUUCUCUCCUGUCUAGGUUUUCAUGAUCAAACAGACUCAGGACAUCAGGGUUGGUAGCAAUACCUUUAUGUGCUGAGCCAUUUCUCUGGUGCGGAUCUCCACAUCCUAAUCAUUGUGUAUUCAUCGCAAUUAAACAUAGUCUAAUUGUCUCUA